AUGAGGGUCAUCUCGGACGCCGAGGUGCAGACCGACAUCUUGCCCCGCAUCACCCUGUCCGCCCUACUGCAGUCUCAAGCUGUAGCCUUGCAUUCGAUCCAGGGUGGUGCUGAAUCUGGGUCGAACCGCGAGGGAGCGCAAUGCCCGGCGCGGCUCUCGCUGCGCACGCCGCGCUACACGCAGCUGUUCAUGCCUGCGCGCACACACACGCCCGACAGCGUGGUGAAGAUCGUGUCCGUCCCGCGGCCCGGCGCUGGCGGUGUGUCGGGGAUCCACGGCGUCAAUCUGGUGUUGGACGAUGCGACGGGGAGAUUGAGCCACGUGGUGGACUCUACGUGUCUCACGGCGCUUCGGACAGCGGCUGGGUCGUUGGCGAGCUCGAUCCUCGCGCUAGGAAGGCUUCAAGAGCAAGUGGGGAGCGCCGUGGUGUUCGGAGACGGCGCGCAGGCCGUGUUCCACGUCUGGCUCCACAUGCGCUACUUUGCAGGUCUGCGGGAGAUCACGGUCGUCGUCGGCUCGCACAAGCAGCUUUCCCUCGAGGAGGUGGACGACAAGCAACAGCGGUUCGCAACACAGCUCGAAUCGCUCCUAUCUUGGACGCCCAAGGAGUACAGCAUAAAGUGCAUCCGCGGUCGCGAUGGGGAAAGCGUGACAAGGGCGCUGCAGAGCGCAUCGCUCGUGUUUACGUGUACGCCCUCCAGCACGGCCCUGUUUGCACACUCGGACCUGGCCGGUGGGCCGAAACGCAAGCACAUCUGCGCAGUGGGGUCGUACACACCCUCCAUGUGCGAGCUGCCGCGGGACCUCAUCUGCGCAGCUGCCGCCAUGAGCGGUGCGCUGGUCGUGGACAGCGCCGAAGCGUGCGCCACGGAAGCAGGCUGCUUGCUGCAAGCUCUGCCGUCUGCCGAGGCUGUUCGAACACGCUGUGUGGAGCUGGGCGCACUUCUGCCGAAGCCGGAGGCGGGAGGCGGGGAGGGGUAUGUGCAGCUCGUCGAACGCGAGGCGAGGGUGUGCGGGGUGGGGGAGGGAGCGGGUGGGAGUGUGACUAGUGUGUUCAAGUCGGUCGGGGUGGGAGUGCAGGAUGUCGAGAUUACCAAGCUUGUUGUUUCGCUGGCGGGGGAUGUGGGGGUUGAUGUAGCGUUUUAG